AUGCCACAAGAAGUAUAUACCGUUGCCGCGAAAGAUGUCCGAAAAGCCAUCGAUUCCCUGAUUUUUCAGAUGGUCCAUAUCAAGGAUGAAUCUGGGACAUUUCUAUUACGACUGGAAGAUGGUAGGGUGAUUGAUACCAAAGGAUGGCAGGGUUGGGAAUGGACACAUGGAAUUGGACUUUAUGGUCUUUGGAAAAACUACUGCAUCAAUGGAUCUCAGGAAUCUCUAGAGAUUAUCGAAAAGUGGUUUCAAAAUCGCUUUGAUGAAGGGGGAACUACAAAAAAUAUCAACACGAUGGCUGCAAUGUUGACGCUAGCAUAUUUAUAUGAGCAGAAUAAGGUUAACAAGUUUUUACCGUGGUUAGAGAACUGGGCAGAAUGGGGAAUGUAUGAGCUUCCAAGGACAAAAUACGGUGGAAUGUCACAUAUGACAUACAACUCGACCAACGCUCAAGAAUUGUGGGAUGAUACAUUAAUGAUGACGGUCCUUCCGUUGGCGAAAAUCGGAAAAGUUUUAAAUCGACCACAUUAUGUCGAAGAGGCGAAAAGGCAAUUCCUCCUCCAUAUCAAAUAUUUAUUUGACACCAAAACCGGCUUAUUCUUUCAUGGAUGGACAUUCGCAGAUGGAGGUCAUAAUUUUGCAAAAGCGUUAUGGGCGAGGGGUAACUCUUGGUUAACAAUUGUCAUUCCAGAAAUGUUGGAAUUGCUUGAUUUACCAAUGAACGAUCCAUUUCGUAUUCAUCUUAUCGACACCUUGGAAGCACAGUGUCAAGCAUUGGUUCAAUACCAGGAAGAUGAUGGUUUAUGGCGCACACUUUUAGAUCAAUCUUCUGACACGGGAUCCUAUGUUGAAAGUUCUGCCACGGCUGGAUUCGCAUAUGGUAUGUUGAAAGCAUUGAGAUUGCGAUAUAUAGUAGGUGAAGAAUACCGAAGUUGCGCAAUCAAAGCUAUAAAAGCUGUAAUAGGAAAAGUUAGCGAUGAAGGGGAAUUGCUGGAUGUGAGUUUCGGGACAGCGAUGGGUCAUACUUUGCAGCAUUACAUUGAUAUCGAUAGAACAAGUAUGCCAUACGGUCAGGCUAUGGCGAUAAUGGCAUUAGGGGAGUACUUGAGGGUAUACAUCUGA